CUUGACUCAGUGGGUUUCCUCAGCUUAUUUCAUUUCACGGUAAUUUCUUUAAUUAAAUAGCCUAUAUUGUCAUAUCAGAUGUUUGUUCUGUUAUGAAAUCAUUUUAAUUGCAUGCUGACGAGUCAAGGUUAAGACGAUGUGUUUUAUAUAGGCUAAUUAUGUAGGCAAAUUUUAGAAUAGCCUACACCUACAUAAUUAUUUUUAAAAACUAAUUGAUGUCGUUAAUGUUAUUUUAUGAUCAAAGAGAGUUUGAACACGUAUACAAACACAUGUUCCUCUGAGUCGUGAGGGAGCUUCGAGAAAGACUUUGUGGAGCAGCCUCACCGUAGAGGACCGAGGCGGUGUGUGUGUGUGUGUGUGUGUGUGUGGAGAGAGAGGGAGGGAUGGCUGUGGCAGGUCUGCUGUGCGGGGCUGAAUGUAAAUCACUGCAAGACACGGAGGAGAGAGAGAGAGAGCAGCAGCUGCCGACCGACAGCCAGCCUCCUCUGCGGGACAACAAAGGAGGUGCCGGGCUCACAUCACGACUCCUGUCAGCACAACUCAACAUCUGAAUCGUGUUUAUAGAGAAGAAAUCUUGAAUAUUCACUAAAUCUUCACCUUAAGACCUAAUUUGACUGGACGACAUGGAGGAACACUUUGAUGAGAGGGAUAAAGUGCAACGCAACAGCCGAAGCGCAGGACGGGCAAAUGGGCUCCUCAGUCCCACUCACAGCGCCCACUGCAGCCUGUACCGGACACGCACCCUGAAAGCUCUGAGCUCAGAGAAGAAGGCGAAGAAAGUGCGCUUUUACCGCAAUGGUGACAAGUACUUCAACGGCAUAGUGUAUGCCAUCUCAUCGGACCGGAUAAGAACCUUUGACGCUUUGCUGGCCGACCUCACCCGAACCCUCUCUGAUAACGUCAACCUGCCCCAAGGGGUCAGAAUCAUCUACACAAUCGAUGGCUCCAAAAAAAUCACCAGUGUAGAUCAGCUGAUGGAAGGUGAGAGUUAUGUGUGUGGCUCCACCGAAGCCUUUAAAAAGCUUGACUACUCCAGUAACGUCAACCCUAACUGGUCUGUGAAUGUGAAGGCCUUGGGCUCCAGCAAGUGCCCCACGUCUCUAGCCAGCUCGAAAUCAGAACCGCAGUCCAAAGAGGGCAAAGACUUCAUCAGACCCAAACUGGUCACCAUCAUCCGCAGUGGGGUGAAGCCACGGAAGGCAGUUCGCAUCCUGCUCAACAAGAAGACAGCCCACUCCUAUGAGCAAGUUCUGACUGACAUUACAGAUGCUAUAAAGCUUGAUUCUGGUGUUGUCAAGAGGAUCUACACCCUUGAGGGAAAGCAAGUCAUAUGCCUUCAAGAUUUCUUUGGAGAGGAGGACAUCUUCAUCGCAUGUGGCCCGGAGAAGUUCCGUUACCAGGAUGACUUUAUGUUGGAUGAAAGCGAGUGCCGAGUGAUGAAAUCAACAUCCUAUGGGAAGAUGGGGUCUUUAAACAGAAGCUCUCCUAGAAGUCUCGUCCUUUUCAGACACAGCAAGUCUCCUUCUGCAUCAGUGAAUGGGACCCUAGCCAGUCAGCUGUCCACACCCCAUUCUGCAAAAUCACCCAGUCCAUCUCCCACCAGCCCAGGGAGCUUGAAGAAACGCAGGGAAAUGGACAAGGCCAACAUUGACAGCACAGCUUAACUUCCCACUUCUUCAAAGUGGCGCUAAGAUCCACAAUCAAUCCUUAGUCUGGGCCAUUACUUUUGGAAACAUUCUGUCUCUCAGGUUUCAUCAUCAGAGUUAAGCAUGAAAGUCCACUAGCAUCAGUCAUGGAAAAUGAUGAAUUCUGCUUGUAGUAGAGCAGCAAUCUUGAAGUUACACUGAAACCGAGGUCCAGAAUUAACAUUUGCCAUUAAUCUGCCAGUGGCGAGUAUUUGAGAGAAUAAAUACCAAAACUUUCUUUACCUGCCAUGAAGCUGUAUUUUUCAUGUUUUGUGAACAAGAUUUUUUUUUUUUGCCUUUUUUUUUUUGUUGAUAUAUACCACAUUGAGUUCUGAAGACUUCUAGAUUUUUCCAAGGUUUUUCACUGAAGUACAAGUCAUCUGAAGAUAUGACUUUAUUUUUUUAUAGACAGUUCAUAUACGUUUAAAUUGAAUCGCUCACAUCACUUACAUCAGUGAGGAUGACUAUAUAUGUCUAUACAUAUAAAUCAUUUAUUGUUACACAAUAUUAUACAGUUUCUAAUAAUAUUACCUGCAAAUGAGCAAAUAAUGUUUUUUUUACUCACCAAAACCAAUUUUUACUCCCAUAUGGCGUUUGGCGAAUGCUAAUUUUGGACCCUGAUUGAGGCAGCAUGGAGAAAGAAAAUGACAUAAUACAUGCUGUUGAAGGAGCAUGCAACUCACCAGGAAAUAUUUAUUUAUUCACAUUUUUUUUCCAAGAAACGCAUUACUAUUUGGUUUCUAAGGAAAGUUUGUGUAUGAUUGUGAGGAGUUUGUGUGCAUCUGACCCAGUCAAUCAGUCUAAUCCUGCAGUUGAUAGACUAACGCAAAGAGGUUUAAUGCAGUAGAAACUUCUCCAUCCCAGUCCAAAGUUUAUCUCCGGUUAUAAUAUGAGCCUUAACCCUAGUGACUCUUUCUCUUAAGAAUCAAGAGUCUCUCUGUGUUUAGAACAGAGUGUUUGUCUAUUCCUCUUUACUAGUUCUGCGUGACUAAAAUGCACUAGAGCAUUCAGUCAUUGAGGAUAUUGCACUCCAUUCCAAAUGUUCAAAAUGUUGAGCCUUUGGGACACAUCAGAUCCAGCUGCAGUGCUGUUUUACAGCCAGCAAGAACACGUGCUGAUAUUGAGCCAAACUAGAUUAAUCAGAAACUGUUGGCCACUGCCAAACUGGAGUUUUACUUACCUUAAAUCGGUUCAUAGUGAAACAACUAGUUAAUGCUCUCAACAUGUUCUCACUGCUUUUUUAUUAGUUAAUGCCUUUCUCCUAAAAGUGCACUCUUAUUAUUGUUAACCCCUAAAAGAAGAACUAAUUACUACAAUUAUAUCUGACACCAAGAUAAAAGAUAUUAGUAUAAUCAAAAUGAUUUUACAUGGUUUGCCAUAUGGGGGCCACCAUGUAAAGAUCACAUGACCAGCUAUUUUUUUUUUUUUUUUUGGUAACCCCUCUGAAUAAUUUCACUCACAGAAUAAAUUAAUGGUUGACUGCAAAUAUGGCACUUCUUCAAUAGCAUUGCAACUGAACAUUUUUGCGUUUAUAUGACGUAAUUGACAUAAAUUGUGACCCUGGACCACAAAACCAGUCUUAAGUCACUGGGGUAUAUUUUUAGCAAUAGCCAUAAAAAAAAAACAUUGUAUGGGGCAAAAUUAUUGAUUUUUCU